AUGAAGGAAGUAUCGCGCAAGGAUAAGAGGAGGUACAACCUAGAGAACAAAGUAAGAAAGAUUCAAUCUUCUUUUCUUAAAGAUAAAGACAGCUAUUAUAAGGAUCGUCUUACUACAUUACAGACCGAUUUAACUACUUUACAUCAAGGUAAUAACAUGUUGUUGCAACGUAAAUUGAGAGAUUUACAAGAAGAUAGAGAUUUUGAAUUGGUAAAAUUACGUUUAUAUGAAGAAUAUAGAGUAAGUCGAAGUAGUAUAGAGUUUCAAGAAGAUAUCGAUAAAGCAAAAGAUGAUCAUGAGAAAUUGGUGAAAUUAUGUAAAGAAAAAUUAUAUUCAAAGAUUGAAUCACAAAUCAAAAAAUUGAAAGAAGAAAAAAUGUUGAUGGACGUUGCUAAUAUACAUUCAUAUUCCAUGGAUUAUAGUAAGCCUUUCUAUCAAAAAAAUACUAGAAGUCAUACUUCGUCGAAUAACGGAGGUGAUAUUAAUGGUACGGGAAGUCCAAAUUAUAUGAAAUCUGGUGCAGGUUCUGGCUGGGAAUCAAAUAACGAUUCAGCUACCGAUACUGCUACAGGCUUGGAUAGAAGAGCUUUGAGACGGAGAGUAAAAACAAGGGAAACAGGCGGUACUACAAGUGGAUUUACAACAAAUAAUGACUAUUAUUCAGGAAAUAAUACACAUUAUACUGAUGAAUCCGAUUCAAGGACAGGAUACUCUACAACCCAACGAGGUGCCAGAGGAAAAUCUAGAUCGAAUACAACUCCAAUAACAGAAAAGAAACCAAACGAUUUAAAUUCAGAAUCUGAUUUCUUACAAGGGAUUAGUGAUUACGCUGACUUACAAGUAUUAUUGUUUGGUGAGAAAGAAGAGAAACCAGAUAAUAAGAAGAAGCAUAGAAAUAACCCACGUUAUUCUGCUAAGUCUGCCCCUUUAUUAAACUCCUUGACCAAUGAUGAAGUUACUGACGAUAUUGCUUUAUUGAAAACAUUGUGUGGUGAACCACAGACUCCGUUCAGGUCUCAUGCUCCUGCAUAA